CGCUAUGGGCCGGGUGGCAGCUUGGGCGGAGUCGCGCGGUGAGUCCUCCUCACCUGCCGCAGGCGGUGGCGGGGGCGACCUUGGGCGGGAUCCGGUAAGGGGCAUCAGGGAAGUCUCUGGAGCCGGGGCAACCGGGAAACUGGAGGCUGGCUGCGUGGCCAGAGGCGGUCGGCUGCCCUCUGCCCAGCGAGGGCUUCUCCAUCCAGACGUUGCCAGCUGGCCCGCGCCGCACGUGUUGCAGCCCCCACGUGGCGAGUUGCCACCGCUCCAGAAAUGACCAUAACCCUGCUGCCGGCUGAGGCCGUCUCCUGAUGGCCAGCUGGAUGCCAAGCGCUGUGCAUAGUUAUGUCCGAUCUUACGCAGGCCUGCAAGGAGAGCAUUCCAGGCUGCUGAGAGGGGAAGGAGGAGUUUCUGGACCAGCAGAGCUGAGGGAACCCAAACGUGGACUGCAGCACCUCCCCUGGGGUCCACCCUAUGGCUCUUCCAUGUGAUUCAAAUGAAACUUCCUAUUUGCUGCCUGAAAACAGCGAGGACUGGGAAGGGCACGGCAUUCCUGACUUUGUCUACCGGCAGGAGGAGCUUCUGCUGGAAGGGAUUCAGUGGCCGAGGAGGGCACCGGGCCUCCCAGACGCGCCACCACCGCUGUCCCGCUUCGACUGUGUGCUCUGCUCUGCCUGGAGGCAGCGGAUGGAGCUGGGGCUGUUCCGCUACCACCUGGGGGAGCUGCAGACCCAAACCCUCCCUGGUGCUGUGGGUUUUGUGGCUCAGCUGAAUGUGGAGCGAGGCGUGCAGAGGAGGCGCCCCCAGAAUAUCAGGAGCGUGAGGCAGGCGUUCGACCCUGAACAGUUUAACUUCAACAAGAUCCGGCCAGGAGAAGUCCUCUUCCGACUGCACCGGGAGCCCGGUCUCCCAGGUGCUCUCCAGCAAGAGGACAUCCUCGUGAUGAUCAAUGUCAGCCCUUUGGAGUGGGGCCACGUGCUGCUGGUGCCUGAGCCUGCCCGCGGGCUCCCCCAGCGCCUGCUGCCAGGGGCGCUGCAGGCUGGGGUUGAGGCUGUGCUGCUGAGCUCACACCCAGGCUUCCGUGUCGGCUUCAACAGCCUGGGUGGCUUGGCCUCGGUGAAUCACCUGCACCUGCAUGGCUACUACCUGGCCCACAGACUGCCCGUGGAGGGAGCCCCCAGCAAGCCCCUGGACCCUGGGGGUCGCCUGCAUCUGCUCCAGGCCCUUCCAGCCCCCGGCUUCCUCUUUUACGCCAGCGGGCCGGGGCCUGAACUGGAAGCCUUGAUAAGCAGGGUGUGUCGGGCCACUGACUACCUGACUGACCACGAGAUUGCACACAACUUGUUUGUGACCAGGGGGGCCCCACCGGGAAAAACAUCACCUUCCUCAGCCCUCACGGGGGUCCGAGUAAUUCUGUGGGCCCGGAAGUCCAGCUUUGGGAUAAAGGAAGGCGGGGCGUUCAAUGUUGCCCUCUGUGAGCUGGCUGGGCACCUCCCUGUCAAAACGUCCCAAGACUUCAGCAGCCUGACAGAGGCAGCUGCCCUGGCCCUCAUCCAAGACUGCCUGCUGCCCCCAGCCCAAGCAGAGGAGGUACAGGCAGCACUGGUCGCUUUGACAGCCCAGGAGGAGCAGGAAUCCUUCCAGAAGUAUUUAUUUUCUUACUGAUCUAAGUCCCUUUAGAGAGCUGUCCAUAAUGGUCAUUUGGGCAUUUUUCACGACUGCCUUCUCAUCUGUUUCAGCCUAAGGGGAGGGAUAAAGAUCUGAUAAGUGGUCUCUUUAAAGAGGAGAAACCUUGGAAUAAAUCGAAUGAA